AAAAUUGUAUUUUGAAAACAAGUAGCUAAAAACUACUUUUUAAUUAAUAAAAAAGUUAAAAUACUGUAUUAAAAAUUUAAAAUAAUAAAAUUAAAAAUAUGAUGAUGAUGUCUUCUGAAAAUAAAUAUUUAUUAAUGAAAAGAACAAAUAAUAUUUUAUAAGAUUGUCUGCAAAAAAGAGAAAAAAAUUCUAUAUUAAAAAGAAGAUAACAAAACAAUGUGGACUGAUAUAAAAAACGAUACAAAUAUGGGUUUACAAUCUACAUUGACUAAGAAAAGAAAACAUGAGUUCACACUCAAUUGUGAGAAAGAAUCAGAUUAUCAGUCAAGUUGUCCCCCCCUAAAGACAACGAAAUGGUCUAGUGAUAAAGACAACACUCAAGAAAAUGAAAAUAAUAAUUGUAGUAACAAUAGUAUUAAUAGUAAUAACCAAAAUGCUGACAACAAUGAUAAUAAUAAUAAUCAAGAACAAAAAGAACAGCAAGAGUCACAACAACUACAACAACAAAUUCAAGAAAACAAUUUAAAUGAAAAUACAAAAACUUUGACAAAAUUAGAGGUUGUAACUGCUACUGCAAAUGAUUUAUGGAAUUCUGAACCAGUUGAUUGUAUUUCAAAAUUACAAGCAGUUGCAGUGCCAUCUGAUACAUGGGGUAGUCUAACAACUCGUUCAACAUUAGCAACAACACUUUUAAGUGCCGAUGAAAUUGAUGAUGAUGAUGAUGAUUUUGAUGAUGAUUAUGAAGAAGAUGAAAGUAUCAUUCCUACAUAUUGCCCCGUAAGAUAUACAUGUGCACCACCUCAUUUUUUGCAACGUAAUGGUGUUAAUAGUCCUACAAAUGGUGCAAAUAGUUAUUCACCGCAUAAUGCUAGUAAUAUCAAUCAUACUUAUUUAGGUAAACCAAAUUAUUAUUCUGAACCGUUCCCUCAGCAGAAUUGUUCAAGAACAAUUAAUCAACAACAACAACAUCAUCAGCAACAAUCACAACAUUUUCGGUUUGGUACCUUAAAUAGUUGGAAUCAUUUAAAUGCUCAUCAAAAUAAUAAUUAUUAUAGUAUGCAAUCACCUGAUUCAAUACCAAUUGGAAGUAGUAAUGGUACUAUUGGAACCGGUACUAUGGGAUAUACUCAACAAACAAUUAGAUGUGCUGAAAAUGGAAAAUCUUAUUUAGAAUUGGGUAGUUCAACAUUUACUCCAAUAAAUCCUACAAUAAAUAACAAUAGUAACAAUUUAAAUAAUAAUUUGAAUUCAAGGCAUUCAAAAAAAUGUGGCUGUGAUGGUAGAGGAAUAUGGUGCAAUAGUAAAAAUUGUUAUAGAGAUAUUAGAUUAAAAAUUAGAAAUCUGUCAAUGUUUAAACUAUCGAAAUUUCGACAAGUAUCAGAACAAUCCUUGUAUAGAUCAGUACUAAUAUGCAAUACAUUGAAAAAUAUUGAUAAAGAAAUUGAAUUAGAGAAUAAAGAUCAUAUGCAUCAUAAUCAUCCACUGCAUAUGAAUUCACAUUUGCAUCAUCCUCUCAAUCAUCACCAUCAUGGUAAUUCACCAUUAACAUCUUUAUCAAAUAUGAAUAACAGUAAUGACUUUACGCCAAUUGGUUCAUGCACGAAAGUAUGUGUGAUACCACAUGAUCACAAUAAUAGUCUAAUAUUUCAACCGUCACCAAAUCACUUUAGCAAUAUAAAUAACAAUGAAAACGAAUGUAUUAAAGAAUAUAAUAUUAUGCAACAACAUCAACAGCAUCAACAGCACCAUCAACAAUCAAUGAUGGCAAAAUCAUCUUCCAAUGUGCUGUUCAAUACUGGUAGCAAUAAUUUACAACACUGUCCAAACGAAUUAUUACAUCCGUAUGAUCAUUACCCAUUCAGAGAGGCACAAUUAGGUAGAGCAACUCCAUUUCCAAUGGGAAUGCAUAGUAGUGAUAAUCCUGAUGUUAUACCAAUAGCGUCACCAGCAGCUUCUCCAGUAUCAAAUAGUAAUAUUAACAGUAAUGAUAACUGUAACAGUAACAAUAAUAUUAAUAAUAAUAGUAACAAAAAUAGUAUUAAUAAUUGUAAAAGCACAGUACAUGCAUCAAAUGCUUUAUCAACGGCUUCAAAUACAUUAUCACAAACAUUAUCCUCACCAUCAUCGUCAUUAACAACAACAUCUUUAACACCUAUAAAUAAUUCAACAACAAUAAUGACAACAUUAAAUCAACAAAAUCUAGCUAGUGUAUCACCAGAAUCUGAUUCUGGUUAUAGUGAUGAUGAUUGUAAUCGUUCAAUUAAUUGGAGUUCAGUAUUAAGUUUAUCCUCACAGUCAGCAUUAGAUCCCUUAAAUAAUAAUGAUUUAUUUUCAAUAUUGCCAUCACCUGCAACUCCAAUACCAAUUGUAACAUCAUCCAAUAAUUUAAUAUGCAAUAAUAGUAAUAAUAAUAAUUCUGAUAUGAAAAAUAAUAAUGAAUUAUCAUUGAAUUCAUCGACAACAACAACAACAACUGUUGCAACAAAUAGUACCUUAACAACAAAUAAUAAUAGAAAUAAUAAUAAUAGUACUAGCAAUAACAAUACAAAUAGUACGUCCAUUAAUAAUAAUAAUAAUAAUAAUUCGAUUUUAACAAAUCAUAGUAUAACAACAUUGUCAACUUUAACAUCAUUAUCAUCAUCAUCUUCAACAUCAAUAACAACAACAACAACAACACAUCAUCAUUUAGAAAGCAAUAAUAAUUGUUCAGCUUCAUCAAUACAAACAAAUAAUUCAACAUGGGAAUAUAAUUUCUUAGAUAUGGAUUUAGGAAUUGGUACUGAAUUAACUGAACUGGUACCACAUCAUUGUAAAUUAACAUCAGAUGAUUUAUUUAAAUCAAUUUCAACACCACUGAAUGCAGCUAGAUAUGUUCAUGACAACGAAAUAGAAUCACCAGCUCAUAUAAUGGUUGGCAGCUAGUAUCAAAUGUAAAGAAAUAAAAAUAUUAAAAAUUAAUUUUACAUAAUUUAAAUUUAAAUUAAUUACAUAAAAAAAAAAUUAGAAAAACUUGAGUACUAAAUAAUACUUAAGAGAGAAAAAAAAAGUAAAAACUUAAAAUAUAAAAAUAAUUAAUGAAGAAAAAACAUUUUUAAAAUCUUGGAAAAGAAUCGUGUAUAAAAAAAAAUAAUGAAAAAAAAAUUAUAUUAAUUUAAUGGACAAAUGUAAAGUAUGCGAAAUUUUAAGAAAAACAAUUGUAAUGUAUAAAAUUUGCUCAGGUUGUGAGUCUUAGU